CUCAUUUCUCAUUCAUCUCUAUCAUGCGUAUAAACUCCAAUUGAUUACCUGAUAAUCGACGAAGAUGCCAUUUUCAAGAACCAGGACGGGCUGCUUUACUUGUAGGGAAGAUGGAUAUAAGUGCGACGAACAAAAGCCGUUCUGCGGGAGAUGUACUCGACUUAGCAAGACGUGCAAAGGUUACGGAGUACGGCUCAAAUGGCAAACUCCCCAAAGCACUCCGAAGUCAAAGGCUUCUAAAAGUAAACGACAGCAGAGAAAUCGUUCUAAUGAUAAGACCAUAACGGCACCUCUCGCACCUCUCGCACCUCUCACUCCUCUUACACCUACUACACCCUCCAUGCCUUUUAGUGAGUCUCAGAGUCCAAUCAUAAAACUCGACCCAUCUUGCAUUGUUCCGAACGAUGUAAGCCCGAUAAAUCGAUACCUCCUUAAUCAUUGGUCGACGACAUUAUCCACGAUGGUGUCCAUGGUAUCGGCCCCUAAGAAUCCGUUUCUUAUCCACCUCACCCCAAUGAUCUCUCACUCGACAGCCCUUCGCUCUGUCUUGUGCUCUAUAGCUGCUAGCCACUUGGCUAUAUUGCGACAUGAGGAUUCACUCCAAACAUUGGCUACUCGCUACCGGCUCGUCGGCGUGUCUUCGCUGCGACGAACCAUCCAGACUGAUAAUCCGGAGUUAUCACUCGCUACCAUCCUAAUGUUACAGGUAUCCGACCGACUCUUCACUAUGGAUUCAGGAGUCGACCACUUAUCUGGAGCGAAGGCAAUUAUCAAUCAAGGCGACCUCGUCGUGCGCAAUAGUUCCAGUGCCUCCUUUCUCCUCAGCUUAUGUUCUUAUCACGAUAUUCUAGCCUCCGUCUCCCGAGGCAAGAGCCCGGUCUUUGAAUUUGAUGGGAAGUUUCCCAUGGAAGGAAUGGAAUCCAUGAACGAACUUACUUCUGUGCUACAACUUGUUGGCCAGAUCAGCAGGAUGCGCGAUCAAGAGAAUGAUGACCUCGACGCACGGGGUCGCGAGAUUGAGGAAAUCCUUAAUGCUCUUGAUAAGUCUGAUGACGCGAUAGGGGAUGUCGGGCACACUGUACAGGCGUAUAAACAUGCUGCAUUCAUAUAUCUCUACCGAGUUUGGCACAACCAAGGUGCACCUCAUCCUCGCGCGUUAAAACAUGCCAAGAGCUGCCUUGACCACCUCAGCAUCGUCCCAGUCACCUCAUCGCUCGUGUCAGCUCAGGUUUGGCCGCUCUGGACUGCUGGCUGCGAAUCUAUCGAUAGUGACCAGCGCAAAUUCGUGCGAGAUAGAGUCGAGGCGAUGUAUGAAGCCCGCCAUCUGCCUUCGUUGCGACGGAUUGAGCAAGACAUCGAAGAGGUCUGGAAAAUCAAGGACGAGCAGCGAAACUUGAUCGGAGUUGACAACGUGGAUUGCAUCAAAGUCAUAUUGCGCAAUCGGCAAAGGGAGGCUGACCUUACUUAAUGACCGCGCUUUACAAUUCUAGAAGAAGGGCAUUUCCCUACACAAGUUUCUUAGGCUUUAUUCCGAGAACGAUAGGGUCCACGCGCCGACGCCUGUUCCACAAUGCUCUGGUUGCAAGGAAAGGCCCCAGAUCAGUUGUCUAGGUACCUAGUAGUACACUACGUGGAAAGUUUUCAUAAGCUGCCGGAUAACAUUUUUGGCUUUAUC